CGCUGGAAGACCGAGUCUGAACCGGGCCGUGAUGAGCUUACCAAUUGAAGACCGAAAGGACGACGGCGGCGCACAGUAAUGGCGAAAGCGAAGAAACUCCUGAAAUCAGCUUCAGCUUCUGUGUGCUUCUUCCGCAGCGUUUGAAGAAACGUCCCAAGAGGACACCGGAUUAAGUGUUAGAAGUGAAGAGAUGAAGAGGUCAGCAAGAGCUAGUAGAUUUAACUCGGACAAGAGAGCAAAGACAAAUAAAGAACCAAAAUCAAAGGAGAAGAAGAAGAAUGAUAAAUUUGAUGCAAAUAAACCGAAGAAACCACCUACUGCUUUCUUUUACUUUUUGGAUGACUUCCGCAAGGAAUUUCAAGAACAGAAUCCAGAUGUCAAGUCAAUGCGUGAUGUUGGCAAGGCAUGUGGAGAGAAGUGGAAAACCAUGACGUAUGAGGAAAAAGUACAAUAUUAUGAUAUUGCCACGGAGAAGCGUGCAGAGUUUGAUAAAGCCAUGGCAGAAUAUAAGAAGAGGAAGGAAAGUGGAAUAGAUGAAGAAUCUGAGGAAGAUUGGGAGAUUGAUGGAUAGAACUGUGUAGCUGUUGUUUGUUAUAACUGGUAUUCUGUAGGAAGAGCUCAUGCGAGGGCAACCAGCUCAUUAUUUCGUUUUAWUUUUUCUGUCUUUUCAGAACUACUAAUAUUUAUUUUCUGUACAAAUUAAUGCUGUAAAUGGCUUCUUUAACGAUCACUAGGAGGUUUUGAUCUGGUUCAAUGCUUAUUAGGAGCUCACAUCUUUUGUUAACCAAUUGUAGUUGCUUCACCCCGAGAGACUGUCAAGUUGUAUUCUUGAUUCAAAGAAUAUGACUAUAAUUACUUUGUAUGUUUCCAGCACUUCAAUGUGCUCUUCUGGCAGAGUUCUUUUUCGAUUCUUCA